AUGUCUGGAAAGAAGAACAAACAAUCGAACAAGUCAUCGUCAUCAUCAUCAUCAUCAACAACAACAACAAAGAAAUCCAAUACCAAAAAGGGCAAUGCUAAAUCAGAUGAUACCCCUCCACCACCACAACGUUCAUCCAUCUUUGGCAUGUGGACCGGCAAAACACCCGUCACUCACUUACACGAACAUUGUCAAAAAUCCAAUUGGGAGAAUCCCGAAUUUGACAUAAAGAAACAAGGUAACGGUUACCUGGCAUCCGUCACACUUAGACAGCGAAAUAAACGAACAGCCCAGAUGCAAACAGUUGUCAUGACGCCACCACCUGAGGUGCAGACCCCGACUGCCGCAGAGGCUAAACAUGUAGCUGCCACUUAUGCAUUGCAUCGUGUUCGCUCACACCUACCCAUGCAUCAAGUUUUGCCACCUACACAUAGAGAUUAUUGGCGACAAUUUGAACAACUCAAGACAACUGCUAAUAGUUGGCAAUAUAAUCCUGAUCCAUUUAAUGCACAUGCACCUACGUCAACAGCUCCUAAAAGACAACGACAACAGCUGCCUACAAAGGAACAUGCUGCUGCUGCUGUUCCUUUACCACCAACAACAACUACUACUACUACAAAUAAAAAGCAACAAGUUGUCGAAAUGGAUGAAAAGAUGAGAAAAUAUUGGGAGAGUCUGCCUGCUAUUCAAAUGGCAAGCCAGCAUCGUGAGUUGGUUGAACGAGUUAUUAAACGAUCGAAAAUUGCAUAUCAACCUUUGCCUAGGAAACACACAAAACAAGAAAAAGAAAAGCUGAUUAAAGAAUUAGUGGAAAUGGGAUUUAGAGCUACACAUGCUGAUGAAGCGUUAGAUUAUUCAGCUGAUAAAGCAAGUGCAUUAGACUGGCUUUGUUUACACGUACCUGAGGAUGAUUUGCCCGCCAAUUUUAUGCUAGCAAAUUAUAAUCCAACCAUGACGACCAUUAGUCACACAACGCAAUCAUUAAGUAGAGACUGGUUACUUAAACGUAUGAGUUCUAUUGGAUAUCCAGAAGCUGUUUGUGAAGAGGCCUUGAAUCGAGCUAAAGGGGAUGAAUCCAAAGCCCUAGAAUUACUUCAAUGGAGGUUAACACACGGGGAUGAACCUCUUCCAGAGUUGACUCCUCAAGACACUGAAGAGCUUCAACAACUUCGUGAAGAUGAGCUUACAGCCCUGGAGUCCAUCUAUGAAUCUACGAUUUUUCAAAAGGAAACGGAUAGUGAUGAUCGACAGAUUUAUCAUAUUCAAUAUAGUGCCAGUCUUACACCUUCAUCACCUAAAGAACCGGUAACGUUACAGGUGAUCAUUCCCAAGGACUCACAAUACCCUUAUGGUUUACCCUUAUUUGUAAUUGAAUGUGACAAUCUUCCUAAAUAUUUAAAGAUGGCUCUCAUUCGUGGUCUUGUUGAGGAAGCUGAAAGGAACAGAGGUAUGCCGUUCAUUUAUAUGUGUACAGAAUGGUUUAGUGAGAACCUUCAAGAGAUCAUCUCACAUCCUCCCAAAUUACGUGACAUGACUGAGCGUCUUAGUUUUGAUUAUAGUAGUAUGACCACUAAACAACAACACCGACGACAUCAACGUCGUCAUCAUCGUAUCGAAGCACUUUCUCCGAACCCUGAGGUGUCUUUGAAACUUAAAGAGGAGCUAGAGAAUCUACUGAAUUCCCCAGCCUAUGUCCCGAUGGGACUUGUACGAUCCAGAUUACCUGCUCAUGAAUUUAAAUCCACUGUGAUUAAAACAGUGUUGGGACAUCAAGUAACGAUCGUGAGUGGUGAAACCGGUUGUGGUAAAACGACACAAGUUCCACAAUUCAUUUUAGACGAAGAGAUUAUGCAGUUAAGAGGGUCUAGUUGUAAUAUCAUUUGUACCCAACCACGCAAGAUUUCAGCCAUUGGUGUAGCUGAACGUGUGGCGGCUGAACGUUGUGAGAAGGUAGGUGAGACGGUAGGCUACGCUGUUCGUGGAGAGACCAGGAUGUCACGUCAAACACGUCUCCAGUUUGUGACAACGGGUGUCCUGUUGCGUCGAUUGCAGUCUGAUCCUUAUCUGAGGGGCAUUAGCCAUGUGAUGAUUGAUGAAGUGCAUGAACGCUCCGUCGAUAGUGAUUUCUUAUUGAUUAUCUUGAGAGAGGUCCUGAGGAAGCGCAAAGAUUUAAAGAUUGUGUUGAUGUCAGCUACAAUUAAUCAAGAAUUGUUCUCAAGUUACUUUGGAGGAGCACCGACGAUUCAAAUUCCUGGCUUUACUCAUCCUGUGCAAGAUUUUUAUUUAGAAGAUAUUUUAGAGAUGAUGAUGAUAUCCGUAGAUGAUAAUAAGACGACGACGACUAAACAGGAUGAAGGUGAAUGGGCUGAAUGGCAAAUACCUUAUUUAGAAAGAGGGUAUGGAGAACGUACGGUACGAACCUUGGCCCGGUAUCGUAACAAGGACUCUAUUGAUUAUGAUCUUGUGGCACGUACUGUGCGACAUAUCAUCGACCAUGAAACGGUCAUCAUCCCUCAUGCUCAACCUGCCAUCUUGAUCUUUAUGCCAGGUGCUAUGGAGAUCAAACGUUGUAUUGAGGUCCUUCAAGAUGAAUUAUUAUCAGAUGACCUUGAAAUCCUUCCAUUGCAUGCUAAUCUCUCACCGCAAGAACAAACCCGUGUCUUCAAGACUGUCCCAGCUCAUGUACGUAAGAUCGUUGUCGCUACGAAUGUGGCAGAGACAUCGAUCACGAUUGAAGGUGUUGUCUAUGUGAUUGAUUCAGGUCGUGUGAAGGAGACUCAAUUUGAGGCAUCGAAUCAGAUGAUGCAUUUAGUAGAGACAUGGGCAUCACGCGCUUCAUGUAAGCAACGUAGAGGUCGUGCAGGUCGUACACGACCUGGUCAAUGCUUCAAGCUCUUUACUCAACAUACAGAUGAAACUAAAAUGCGUGCACAACAGGUUCCCGAGUUACUGAGGACCCCACUUGAACAAUUAUGUUUGACGGUAAAGGCAAUGGGCCAUGAAGAUAUACGAGCAUUCCUGGCCAAGGCGAUUGAUCCACCUUCCGUGAAAGCGUUAGAUGCAGCAGUUCGUUCAUUACGACAGGUAGAUGCAAUAGAUGUAAUAGGUGACCUGACACCUUUAGGGCGACAUAUGGCUUCCAUUCCUGCUGAUUUAAGAAUUAGUAAAAUGCUCUUGUUUGGCUCUGUAUUUGGAUGUUUAGAGCCCAUCUUGACCAUUGCCUCUAUCAUGUCCUUGAAGAGCCCAUUUACUUCACCUAUGGAGAAACGAGAAGAAGCUAAGCGAGCAAGAGAAAAAUUUAAUUAUGGUAAAAGUGAUUGGUUGGCAGAUAUGAAAGCUUAUGAAGAAUGGCAUGAAACGAUUCAAACUAAAGGACUUAAAGCAGCACGCAAAUUUUGCGAAGAAAACUUUCUAUCAUUUGCAACAUUAAAUGAAGUACAAAAUUUGCGUCGACAAUAUAGAGAAGCAUUAUCAGAGAUUGGAUUCUCUAAGAGUAGUAAUGAAAAUGUAGAUAAUAUCAAUUUGAUCAAGUCGAUUAUUUUUGCUGGUCUUAAUCCUAAUGUAGCCAAGAUUCAGUUACCCGACACAAAAUAUGAUAAACUAAUAGGCGGUACAGUUGAAAGAGAAAAAGAAGCUAAAGAAAUCAAAUAUAUUACAAAAGAAGAUGGUCGAGUAUUCUUGCAUCCUUCAUCCUUAUUGUUCAGUAACAAUAAUUAUAAUUCAUCUUUUUUAACCUAUUUCUCAAAAAUGGCAACAAGUAAAACAUUUAUUCGAGAUGGCACAGAGGUGCCUUCAUACGGUAUAUUGUUCUUUGGAGGGCAAAUUAACGUAGAUCAUCUUGGUAGAGGUUUAACAGUAGGAGAAGAAGACUGGAUUAAAUUUAGAUCAUGGGCGCGUAUUGGUGUCCUUGUAAAUCAACUUAAAAGACUAUUACAGCUUGAAUUAGAAUAUAAGAUUGAAGAUCCUGAUCUAGAUGUUUCAAAUACAGGUGUAGCACAUGCUAUUAUUUCUCUUAUUACAAAUGAUGGUCUAUAA